AUGGGAAGGGAGGUCCUCCAGACGAUUCCAAAGUUCUGCUUUCCCUUUGACGUGGAGAGAGUGUCGCAGAACCAGGUGGGACAGAACUUCACCUUCGUUCUCACGGACAUCGACGGGAAACAGCGGUUUGGGUUCUGUCGCCUCACACAGGGCUGUAGGCUGUGUGUGUGUCUGCUCAGUUAUCUCCCCUGGUUUGAGAUCUUCUACAAGCUUCUGAACACGCUGGCGGACUACCUCUCCAAACAACAGUCGCCGGCCGGACCCGCCGCCCCCAGCCCGCCGCGGCCCCUCCCCUACGCCCGCGCGCCGCCGGCCGCCGUGUCGUUUGUUGUUGUUGUUUUUAGCGGUAGCAGGGUUGGACAUUUUCCUACAAAGCCAAAGGCUAUAAUCCCCACACCUUUGCUUGCUUUCUCUCGCUCCCUUUCCUGA